AAAAAAUAAAGUCAUAACAAAAACACGUUGUUUUGAUGAUGAUUGUGUGAGGUUUUAUUUCUGAAUAUUUAACUGAAUUCAUGGUGUUUUAAUACAUAAACAAAUUGUUCAAGAUGGGGAAAGGACGCUAUAAUGCUAAAGCUCGCCAAGUCGUGAAGACUGAUAUAGAUAAUUCAAAAACUAGUGAGAUUCAAUUAGAAUUUGCUACCAAUGAAUAUGGAGGCACCGAUUCGACUAAUUUACUGGCCUUGCCAUCAAAGAAACGAGACACAAAGAUUGUCAAAGAAAAGAAAGAAAAAACUAGAUUCCUUUCAAAAGCUCAGCGAAAAAGAUUAGAGAAGAUUGUUGAGAAGAAAAAGAAGAAGGAAAAUAGGGCAUCUCUCUUAGAAUCUCUGUCACAAGUACAAGCGUCAGCAGAGGAAGUACAACAGCUUACUGGAAUAUCCACUGUCCAGACCAUUGGGUUGCGGAAACUCAAUGAGCUGAAUUCUGAGCUGACUACUCAAACAGUUACUGAGGAAACCGAGAACAAGAAGUUUAGUAGUAUCGCUGGCGCCAAAAAACGUCUUCGACUAUUAAAAAUGGAUAAUGCAGAGAAAAUUAAAAAGAAGAAGUAUGAUCCAAACGUAGUUGGUCUAGAAGAGUCUUCCGAAGACAGCAGUUCAGAAGCCGAAGAAGAAAGCGAUGAUGAUGAACCAGAAAUCGUGAAUGGAGAUGAUGAGAAAGAAAAAGAAACUCAAAAACCAGUUGAUAAAGUUGAUAUUACAGUGGCAGAUACAAAUGAUUCUAAAGCAGAAACUGCAAUAGAAAUUCCAGAUAUUACAAAAGAAAAUGUAAAGAAAAAUAACAAGAAAGUUGAAAAAGAUAUUAAAGUGGAGAAAAAACCAUUGCUUGAGCAUCCUACGGUUCAUGUGGAAGUGAAAAGAGACCCUAAAAUACAGGUAGCAAGGUUGAAAUUACCUAUACUGGGUGAAGAACAGAGAAUCAUGGAAUUAAUCAAUGAAAAUGAAUUUCUUAUUGUUGCUGGUGAAACAGGUAGUGGUAAAACAACACAGAUACCCCAAUUUUUAUACGAAGCAGGCUACGCAGAGCAUAAAAUGAUAGCCGUUACGGAGCCCCGUAGAGUGGCCACCGUGGCUAUGGCCGCCCGAGUCGGCUAUGAACUGGGUCUGUCCAGUAAAGAGGUAUCGUAUCUAAUGCGGUUUGAAGGCAAUGUUACUAAGGACACGAAGAUCAAGUUUAUGACUGACGGGGUCCUUCUCAAAGAAAUCCAAUCAGACUUUCUGCUCAGCAAAUAUUCAGUAGUGAUCAUAGAUGAAGCCCACGAAAGGAGUGUCUAUACAGACAUAUUGUUAGGGCUCCUAUCAAGGAUAGUUCCUUUGAGAAGGAAGCGAGGAUCUCCUCUGAGACUCAUCAUCAUGUCUGCCACUCUAAGAGUGGAGGAUUUUACGGAAAAUACUAGGCUGUUCAAAGAUCCACCGCCGGUUAUAAAUAUAGACUCCAGACAGUUCCCAGUGACGAUACAUUUCAAUAAGAACACAAACAGUGAUUACCUAAAGGAGGCGUAUAAGAAAGCUGUCAAGAUACACACUCGGCUGCCUGAAGGAGGGAUACUGAUAUUUGUGACUGGACAGCAGGAGGUGCGUUAUCUAGUAAAAAAGCUAAAGGCUGCCUUCCCUUACCGCAAAGACGUGGAUUACACGAAACUGAUCACCAAGAAUAAGCCGGUGUCUGACGUUGAUGCUGCACUGGAUUCUGAACCUGAGGACAUUGAAUCUGAUGAUGAUGAGGUAGAAAGAGAAAUGAAACGCGCCCGUAAAGCUCGUAGGAAGGCUAAGCAGAAGUCUAAGACUUUACCUAAGAUCAACCUGGACGAUUAUGACAUGCCAGAGGAUGAUGGACAGGCUGACCUGGUGGAUGACGAAGAUAGCGAGGGACAUCUUAGUGAUUCAGACGCUGAAGAAGACUCCCUAACUCCGGCCAUAAAGUCCUGUCGCCAGCCUCUAUGGGUAUUACCUUUGUACUCAAUGCUGAACCAAAAUAAGCAAGCCCGGGUAUUCAACCCUCCACCGGCCGGAGCUCGGCUCUGCGUCGUCAGUACCGAUGUAGCUGAGACGUCGAUCACGAUACCGUCUAUAAGAUACGUUGUGGAUACUGGGAAGAAGAAGAUGCGCGUUUAUGACCACGCAACUGGAGCGAGUGCGUGGCGCGUCGUUUGGACGUCGCAAGCGAGUGCGGGGCAGCGCGCGGGCCGCGCCGGCCGCACGGCCAGCGGACACGCAUACCGCGUCUACAGCAGCGCCGUGUUCCAGCACGACUGCCCGCCACACCACGCGCCCGACCUCUGCAGGCGGCCCGUCGACGACCUCGUCUUGACUAUGAAGUGUAUGGGGAUUGACAAGGUAGUAAAUUUCCCGUUCCCGACGGCCCCAGAUAGAAUGCAACUACGUUUGGCUGAGAAGCGGCUGGAAGCUCUCGGCAUACUGGAGAAACCACCCGUGAAGAAUGUCAGAAAGGAUGAUGAAGAGGUAUUAAAAGUGACUCCACUAGGUAAGGCAGUGUCGGCGUUCCCCCUACUACCUCGCUACGGCAAGAUGUUAGCGCUCAGUCACCAACAGAACCUCCUACCCUUCACUAUUGCGCUGGUAUCUGCACUUACUGUGCCAGAGGUAAUGACAGGCAAACCGGACAGUUGGCCUGCGACUGGCAACGUCUUACUACUGGGCGAUCCUGGAGUAUUGCUGCGAGCUAUAGGCGCCGCUGAAUAUGCGUACGUUAAAGGGGAAGAAGAAGUAUUCUGCGCUAAAUACGGACUUAGAGAAAAGGCUAUAAAAGAAAUACGCAAACUUCGAAAGCAGUUAACCUCAGAAAUCAACCUCAGCGUAGCUGGGGUCAAUGUGGCAGUAGACCCCGAAAUGAAGCCCCCUAAUGACAACCAAGCGAGGUUGUUAAGACAAUUGGUGCUCAGCGGUUUGGGAGACCAGGUUGGCAAGAAAAUAGCUCUUGAUGAGGUUAAACAAGAAUGGGUAGUGUUCCAGGAAUUAUAUGAGACUGGAGCCGAUGAGAGACGGAAGAUGGUAAUGAGGAAUGUCACUGCUAUAGAACCAGAAUGGUUACCUUUAUUGGUUCCUCAAUUAUGCAAUUUGGGUGAACCUCUAGACGAUCCUCCGCCAAGAUACGAUGAGAAGUCAGGAAGAGUGAAGUGCCAUUUCAAAGGUACUUUUGGAAAAGCUGGCUGGGAGCUGCCUACUGCUGAAGUUGACUUUCCCGAGAAAACAGAAAGAUACAGAUGGUUCGCCCGUUUCCUUCUAGAGGGCGCGGUGUUCCCUAAAUUAAAGAAGUAUACAAGUUCAUUACUAUCUCCGCCUUCAACAAUGGUGAAGACUUGGGCGAAGUUACAACCCAGAACCGAAGUGCUUCUGAAGGCGUUGAUAGCGAAGCGGGCGGGUACUCGAGACGCUUUGCGAAGCAUUUGGGAGGAAAACGGGUCUUUUCUUCUCGACGAGUAUCUGAAAUGGGUGCCGGAAUCCGCUCACAACGAAGUCAGCUUAUAUUGGCCGCCAUUAAAAUAACAUAUUCCUGUUACUAUGUAAAUAUUGUAAAUAAAGUAUUAUUGGAAAUUAA